AUGACCCAUUAUCCUGGGGAGUUCAUCCUGCCGGACUUGGUCUUGACCCCAGUCAGUGGGCAGGCUGCCAUUCUGGACACAGUGAAGGGCGAGGAGAGAAGAGCGAAAUGGUACCGAAACCCAGCCAAGCCUCAGGCCUGGCCCGCCUCUCUUCCUCUGUCAGCCGCUGGGAGUCCAGACUCAGGCGCCCGGCCACAGACUCCCUGGUCCCUAAGCAACCGAAAAGCAGCCGCAGCCCGAGCCCAGAAACCCGGGGGUGACCACAACUACGGGCGCUGUGCGGCUGACGUCAUCGCGCCUGCGUCCCCGCGCGCCGCGAUGACGCCAAGCGCCGGUCCGGGCUGUCUGCCUGCGGGCCCCCGAGCUGGAGGGACGAAGCAAUGGAAAAACAAAUAUGCUGGAAAUGAAAGCCAAAUGCCACCAGAUCGCUCUAAAAUGACUAUGAGAGACUUGAUAUAUUACCUGCCGGACAGCAAUCCAAUGAAAUCUUCUUUGGAACAGGAAGCAAAAACUGAAAAAUCUACGCCAGUGCAAACUAAAGAGCAAGAAGAGAAAAAUAUUCCUGAUGCUGAAGAUGAUGUUGAAGAAAUGGAAGAAGAGAACAGUGAUGGCCCUUUACUUGUUCCUCGUGUGAAAGUGGCAGAGGAUGGCUCUAUUAUUCUGGAUGAAGAAAGUUUAACUGUAGAAGUUUUAAGGACAAAAGGCCCUUGUGUUGUUGAAGAAAAUGAUCCCAUUUUUGAAAGAGGUUCCACAACUACGUAUUCCAGCUUUAGGAAAAAUUAUUACUCUAAACCAUGGUCUAAUAAAGAAACAGACAUGUUCUUUUUAGCCAUCAGCAUGGUAGGAACUGACUUUUCCAUGAUUGGCCAACUCUUUCCUCACAGAGCAAGAAUAGAAAUUAAGAAUAAAUUUAAACGUGAGGAAAAGGCAAAUGGGUGGAGAAUUGACAAAGCAUUUCAAGAGAAGCGCCCUUUUGACUUCAAUUUCUUUGCUCGUUUGCUUGAGAAGGUCCUUGCAGAAGAGGAAAAAAGAAAACAGAAAACUGUUAAAAAUCAAAAUGCAAAAGAGAAGAAGUCUUCUAGAUCUCGGAAAAAACAAAAUGUAAAUAGAGUUGCCAGUAGUGAAGUGAAUGAUCAGCCAGAGGACACUCUGAAUACUACAACUUCAGACAUGGAAGGAACCGAACUAGAUACCGAGAUUGUUGAGAAAGAAAAUGACCAGUCUUUGAAUGUAGAAGGACAGACUAUAUUAGAGGCUGUUGUAAACAGAAAGAAACGGAAAAGGAAGAAAAAGGAUGACACUGAUGAGCAGGAAGCAGAAAAUCUUUCAAAAGAUUCUCCUGACCUCUCAGAAACUUCUAAAGGAGAAAAGCCAAAUAAGAAGAAAUGUCAGCUUUUGGUAGCGGAAAUAAAUAAGGAUGAAUGCAAUAAAGACUUGGAAGUGUCCAAUUUAGAAAAUGUAGAUGAGAUUGCCUGCAUACUGAGUGAAAACAAUGAGAAUGACACCAAACACAUUUCUUCAGCAAGUAAUCAAAAUAAUAAUGCCACAACAGUAGCUGCAGGUGAAUCCUCAGAACCAGAAGCUUCAGAUUUGUCUUCCUCAAAAGCUGAAAGUAAAGAACUGACACAAAUCAUUCAAGUUGACAGUAACAUAGAAGGAAAAAUGAGUGAUUCUAAUGUUAAACUUCUAGAAGCUGAAAAAGCUGAUACCAGUAACCUCCAAGUGAGAGGGGGUCCUCUGAAGCCUAAACCCAACUUGUUAGGAACAUUUGGAAAGAAAGCAGAACCUACCAAAAGUGAAAUUGAAGCAGAGAGCAAAAAUUUGUUUCCAGAACUUCCAGGAAAUGUUAAAAAGAAUCUCAUGGAAAAAGAUGAAUGUAACCCUCUUGAUAGUAUUGGAAAGCAAGUCAAAGAAACCGACAGUCAAGACCCUGAAGCUGAAUUUCAUGAAAAACAUGGUUUACAAGAAACUGAAAAGGCAAGUACUUUCAGGCCACCGAAGUUAAUGAGGGGUCAGAUGCAGAAACCAAAGCCACAUAUAAGGAAACCAACUGACCAGAAGGAAGUAGUAGCAGCAGAAAACAAGACUGGAACUAAGGGAGAGAAGAAUGAAAGGGAAUCUAGUGUCACCCAAGGUUGCCAAGUACAAACAGAAGAUCAGUCAUUCAACAAGCUUGAUGUUGGAAACAGUAGACCACAACAUGAAAAAGAGGAUACAAUUUCUCAGAUAUCCAAAACAGAUGAACCUGAAACUGUUAUGGAAAAUCAGAGUCUUCAAGAUGGCAAUAAAUUAAGUACACUCAAACAAGGGCCUGUAAGGAGAGCACGAUUUCAGAAGCCAAGACCUAACGUAGGAAGAGCAACUGGAAGAAGUGAAAUUAGCCCAGGGGAAAAGGCAUCCAAGGAAAUAAAUGUCACCGGAAAAGUAGAGGCAGGUUUGCUUCAAACCGAUGGUGAAUUAAGUUCUCUUCCUCUUCCCAAUAACAUAAACUGUGGCUUGCCAUCCCUUGUUGAAGAAUUUGAAAAAGAAGCAUCUUCUCAAAAGGGAAUCUCAAGUCCAGUAAUUCCUCUGAAGCCUUCUUGCAUUUCUCCUUCAGAAGAAUGUGAAAAAGAUAAGGAAAUACAACCUACAGCUGAUCUGGAGCAAGUUCCAGAUGUUAGCAAAAGCAAACGUCCUCAAGAUGAAAAGCUCUCUGUAGCUAAAAAACCUCCUUUUGUGAGAAGUCGAUUCAAAAGACCAAGACCAAACUUAAGAAGAGCAGUUGAAAAAAGUGGAGUUCCAGGAGCAGAAAAAUGUGAGUUGUUGAAGAAAAUGGAAACAGAAAAAUUGGAGAUUAUGAUACAACAUGAUGAUCGUAAACAGGAUGCCAUCUCCCUCCCUCAAGAUCAUGCCUCUCCCCUUCAAGAUAAUGUCUCCCCCUUCUGUCAAGAUGAUUCCUUCCCACCUCAAGUCAGUAGUUUCUCCCAAGUUGAUGCCUCCUCCCCUAAAGAUGAUUCUGUUCCCCUUCAAGAUGAUUGCUCCUCACCUCAAGUCACUGCCUCAUCCCCCCAAGUUGAUGCCUCCUGCCCUAAAGAUGAUUCCAUUUCUCUUCAAGAUGAUUCCUUCCCACCUCAAGUCACUGCCUCCUGCUCCCAAGUUGAUGCUUCUUUUCCUAAAGAUAAUUCCACCCCUGCUCAAGUUGCUGACUCCUCCCCUCAAGAUCCUGCCUCCCCCUUUCACCUGGAUACCUCACCCCCUCAAGACAGUGCUUCUCCCCCUCAAGUCAAUGCCUUUCCUCUUCAAGACGAAGUUUCCUCCCUUCAAGAUGAUACUUCUCCCCUUCAAGAAGAUGCCUCCCCCCUUCAAGUCAUUGCCUCUCCCCUUCAAGUUGAUACCUCUUCUUCUCAAGACAAUGUCUCACCCCUGCAAGUCAAUAUUUUUCCUGCCCAAGUCUGUACUUCCCCCCAUCGAUUGGCUGCUUCCCCAUUUCAAGUCGAUGCCUCAUCUCAAGAUAAUGCCUCACCCCCUCGAGUUAGUGUUUUUCCUACUCAAAUCUGUGCUUCCCCCCAAUUGGCGGCCUCCCCCCUUCAAGUCAUUGCUUCCUCCCUUCAAGUCAUUGCUUCUCCCCUUCAAGUUGAUGUGUCUGCCUCUCAAGACAAUGCCUCACCCCCUCAAGUUAGUGCUUUUCCUGCUCAAGUCUAUGCUUCCCCUGCUCAACCGGCUGCCUCCCCCCUUCAGGCUGUUACCUCCUCCCAUCAAGAUGAUACCUCAGUCCCUCAAGAUGAUGUCUCUACCCCUCAAGAUAAUGCCUCUCCCCCUCAAGUGGCUGCUUCCCCCACUCAAGAUGAUGCCUCUUCCCUUCAAAAUGGUGCCUCUCUCCUUCAAGUUGUUGCCUCACCCUUUCAAGACAGUGCCCCUACUACUCAAGUUGAUUCCUCUCACACCCAAGUCAUUACCUCCCCUUCAGAAGAUGAUGACUUCCCUGUUCAGGUCACUGUCUGCCAAUCUCAAACUGAUGCCUUCCCCAUUCAGGACGUUAACCAUCCUUGUCAGAAUGAUACAACUGAAAGUUCUCAAAAGUCAGCAAUUAUUUAUGAAGAUCCGGGUCCAGAGAAGGGGGAAGAAGACCUGCUUUUAAAUGAACAGACUCCAAAGAAGCUUUUAGAUUCACUGAACUGUGAACCUGAAGAGAGAUCUCCCUUUAUAGGAGCCCAAGAAAAUGAUCUUACUGUUUCUACAGGCAUCCAGAAUUCCCAACAAGAAAUUAAGAAAAAUGAUAUUCAGCCACUGCGAAUGAGGGGCCGAUUGAAGAGACCUAGGCCAAACAUAAGCAAAGUGGAACGGAGAGGAUCUAGGUUAGCAGGAAAAUGUGUUGUUGAAGAAAGGGCUAAGGAAGAAGGAAUAAUAUUGCAUAAGAAUGAAUCUGAAAGUGAAUCCUUCACCCUUCCAAGUUCUAAAAUUGAAAGUGAAUUUGUACCUUCUGAAGUAUGUGGAAGUAAGAAUCAAGGGGUAUCAGAAGAAAAUUUGCAAGUUGGCAGAACUGAAGUUUUAAAAGAACAGAUAAGCAAAGAAAACUAUAAACCUCAUACUGUCAGCCCAGCACAGUUGCGGAGGUGCCGAUUCCAAACAGCUAAGCCAAAUUUGGAGAGGGCAUACAGAAAGAAAGAAGAACUUGGUACGGAAAAGAUUGUGCCAAAUAAAAAUGAUACAAGAAGAGCAGAAGAUAAGUUGUUGCAGGAAGGAGACUCUGAUACCCACCAGUCUCUAAAAGAUAAAACAGAGCUACUGUCAUCCCUGGGGAUCACAGAAAGAAAAGAACAUGGGGAUUCUAGAGACUCUGCCUUGCCCAAAGAAUAUAGUCAAUCAGAAAAACUGAAUUCCAUUGAUGGGCAGCUGGAAUGUGCUUGUCACAGUGGUCCAGGAGCUACUUCCUCAUCUGUAGGUGUUGAGGAGCAAUUUCCAAAUAAAUCAACAAGACAUACACAACAAUCAAAAGAACCAAGUUGUCUGAAAAAUACUCUGGGUCGAAGGAUAGUUACUUCCUCAACCUCUGAAUGUGAGAUGGAUAAUAGUGAUAGGAGAAUUCAUCGGAAGUCUAAGCAAAAUUUCAAUAAAGGACGUGGGUCCAAACGUGUCCGUGGCAGGAUUUCCAGAAAGGAACCUCGGACCUCAAAGGCAGUAUUAGUAACACUCCGAGCAUCUCUGGAAGAGGAUGAAGAGGAUCUAGAAGACCUUGAGUCUGAAUAUGAGGAAGAAAACUACCACCUUGCACCAGAAGAAGUCAACAAGGCACCAGUAUUUGUACCAAUAGGACUCCGCUCACCAGAACCUGUUUCUGCCCAAAUUGAGGAAACUAUGGAAGAGCUUGAAAUCUCUGUGAAUGUCCCAGAUGUACCAUGUAUUACCAUUGCUGACCACCUUCUUCCUAAUGUAAAUAUGUCAAAUGAAGAAGUGAAUCAGGAAGAAAAUCUGAAUGCCUCAGUUGAAAUUGCUACAAUCGAAUAUCCUGAAGAAGAACAAGGUAUCAGUGAUGGAAGCACAGAAGCUGCCAUAGCUUUACUUACAAUGGGAGGUCAAAUGUUGCAGUCAGAGACAGGUACUGCAGGAAUAGUGUGUGUGCUUCCUGAAGAUGACUUAAAGAGCAAUACUUCCACUUCCAACCCAGAGACCUUUGACCACAGAGUAGUUCUUGAACAGCAAGUAAUUUCUUCACCAAGCCCUAGUACAUUGCUUACAUCACUGGAUGAAAAUAAGAUUAUAUUAGAAGAGCAAAAUACUGGAAAGGAAAUGAAUAUAUCCGGGCAAAUAAAGGAAAAUUCUAUACCUUCCAGUGACCAGUCUUCUAAAAAGACAAGUUCAUUGAGAACAAGAAGCAGAUUUCCUAAGCCUAAACCAAACCUUAGUAAAAUACUUGGAAAAGAUAGACACAUUCGUCGGAAACUUACUAGUUUUCCUGCAACUGUGGAUCAACAGGUUGACAUCCAGAGUGAAACAGAAUGCAGUGCUUCCAAAGGAGCAGUGUUGGAAGAUAUAAACCUAGAAUCAAAGAUUAAGACUGACAUACAGACUGGCAAGUUGACAGAUCUAUGCAGUAUUGAAUGCACUAAUGAUGGCAAAGAAGUCAACCAUUUUCAAAGUGAAGAAAACCAGGACAAGGAAUCUCAAGAGUCCCAAAUGGUAUCUGCUUCUCCAUUAGCCACUACCAGUUCUCAUGAUAUCAACUAUAAUCUCACUGAGAUGCCUAUAGGAGAAUUUCAGAGCAGUGAUAAUGAUAGACACAACUUAUUAAUGGCUCAUUUUGUACAGGAGUGUAGAUUGAAUACUGCUGCAGAAGUUGAGCAGCAAAAUAUAAUCAUCCCAGAUGACCCUGCAGUGAAUCUGGUUGAUAGUGAACAUCAAGGCGAAGAGGAGGAGCAGACAAUCAUUUUAACUCUGGUAGAAAUUCCGACAGACUCAGCAGAACAGUUUGCUGGUACAUCUGAUUCAUUAACUGGCCCUCUACUGCCAGCACCCAUAUUGGUCAAAUCAACAAAUAAAGAAGAAAGGGGAGAGCUGAGCUUGAAUUUCCCAUUUGGUGAAGAUGCCACACAUUUAUCUAGUUAUGGAAUCAGUGUCCAGCCAUCUCCUGAAAAGCCUCCAACUGAUGUGGAUCUGGCAUUGAGUAAGACACUUGGCUGUAGCCUUGAAAAAAGCAAUAGUCUUAUUGCUCCUACAGAACUUAGUGUUUCUACUUCAGGAGAGGAUUGUCUGACAAUCAUCUCUGAGGUGUGUUCAGAAGAAUUAAUAAGUAUGCACAAGAAUGCUGCAGGAGAGCCUUAUGAAAAGCAGACAGUUGUACCUAUCUUGGAAAGCACAUGUAUAAUUGCAGAGCCUCAGGAGACACAGAAAGAGCCGUCAGAACCCAGUGUUCAGGGUUCAGAAACUGUGUCUUGCAUUGAGAUGACACGUACUCAGAAAGAAGAGGAUGCUCCUCAUUUACCUCAGGAUGAAGUUGUAAUCUCUGACAAGCAUGAAAGAACUGGGUCUACUCAUCAAUUAGAACAGAGUAGCAAGCCAUCCUCUUUGUUAUCCAGGCCUGGCCGAAGACCCCUGGGAUUUUUAUCUUUGAUAUGUUCAAAGAAUAAUUUAGAAUCUGAAGAAGCCACACCAAUGAAUAAUCAAAAGCGUUUGAAACCUCUAAUACCUGUAUCAAGGCGUAAUAUUAAAAGACCAGUUCUCCUAAAUGAAGGCAAGAGAAAAAAGCAAGAUUCUUGUCCCCUUCCACCUGCAAGUGCUGAAACUCAUUCUGAAGCUGGUACUGUUAGCAGCUCAACACCUCAGGUUUCCUGUGAUCAGUCAGUUGAGGAAGAAAGUUGUAAAAGUGACCAAAAGAUGGAAACUGAAGAGGAACCAACUAAAGUUGCUGAAUAUUUUUUUAGUGAUAUUUUUAUGGAAGUGGAUGAAACACAGUAAACCUGAAGCUUUUUUAUGCAGCUUGGGAUUUUAAUUCUGAAUUGCAACAACAAAGCAGUAUUUAGCUAGAGGAUCACUGUUGAUUUUUCUUGGGGUUAUUUUGUAUUUAAUGAACUUGGUCUUGAAGCUUUUAAAAUCACUGGAUUACAUUAUGGAUAUUUCCUUCAAAUUAGUUGAGUCAAGCAGUUAAGACUGGUUUAUCAAAUAAAUAAUGACUCUUGUUUACAUUUUGACCCACCUCCUGUGCUGGACACAUGUGGACACUUUCUGGUGUCACAGAUAAAUGCCUUUUCAAUCGUAGGCCUGAGGUCUUCGGAGGUUGAUUGUAUAUAACAUUUAGUGAACACUUCUUUUUGUGAAGUAAUUUCCUGGUAGGGGCCUUUUAAAUUGCCUUUGUAAUAAGUAGA